ACUAAAUGGCUGUAGGGUAGAGGGACGUUUGGUAUUGACGCGAUUGGACGGAAAAUGCUCAUAACCUGAUUUUUACUCUUUUGUCCAGAAAAGCGGUACCAGAUUGCUGUCCCGUCACACAUCCCAUGUUUUGUAUUGAACAGGAAGAUAUGCACUCCGCUGAGACCCUCAUCUCACCUCAAUUGCCUUGUUGUACUCACCACUGUCCAGCCACAAGAUGAUCAGGACUGAAAGCGCGUGGCUGCCUCGGAUCAUUCUGGAUUUCUCCAAAGGUUAUAAGCAAGCUACGAAAAGGCGUCGUGUAUAUUCCUUACAUCCCUUCUACGGAAUCUCAUACGUUGCGUCGACUUUCUUCAACUGCAAAUCAUGGAAACCGUUCACCUCGGACCCUUCGUUGUUCCUCGUAUCUGGACUGGCCUUUGGCAACUUUCUGGCAAUGCUUGGGGCAGCGCACCCGUUUCCAAGAUUCGAGAGGCAAUGAAACGUCAUGUCGACAUGGGAUACACAGCAUUUGAUAUGGCAAGUGGACGGACUUUUUCUAUCGCUCAUGUCUAUCUGAUUGAUUGGAUCAUUUACUUUAUAUACGUUAGGGUGACUUACCGUCCUCCACAAGCUGAUCAUUAUGGAAGCGCCGAGAUUAUCUUUGGACAGUUUCGCAACAGCCUAAGCUCGGAGUCUCCGCGUGUCAUUGGGGCGACCAAGUGGUGUGUUUUCAGGGAUAUCACCGUUGAUCGUGAGACGGUCAAGGCUGCGGUUUCCGAACGAUUGGAACGUAUGCAGACGGACCGCUUAGACCUUUUGCAGUUUCAUUGGCAGGACUAUACUAGCAAAGGCUAUCUGGAAACUCUAGAAAUGUUGCACGAUCUCCAGAUCGAAGGCGUUAUCUCCUCUCUCGGUCUCUGCAAUUUCGAUACCAUCAGAAUGGAUGAGAUCUGUACUCAGCUAGGGCCGGGAGUGAUCGUGUCGAAUCAAGUUCAAUUUUCAGUUAUUGAUACGCGUCCGCUCCACGGAAUGUCUGAUGUUUGUGAGAAACAUGACGUCAAGUUGUUGACUUAUGGUACGCUGUGUGGUGGAUUUCUGUCGGAUGACUGGCUGGGGAAACCUGUACCAGACCCGUAUUCCGGUACUCUCACGCCCUCGCAAAGAAAGUACCUUGAUAUGAUCGUGAAUGCGUGGGGUGACUGGGAACUGUUUCAAUCAUUGUUGCGUGUUCUUCGGGAUGUCGGAGCUAGGCAUGGCGCUGCUAGCAUUUCCAAUGUGGCUGUUCGCUGGGUCCUAGAUCACCCGUUCGUUGGCGCGGUGCUAAUAGGGGCUCGCUUGGGCAUAUCGGAACACAUCGAGGAUAAUUAUCGAGUUUAUGGAUUCAGUCUCACGGCUGAAGACAACCGAGAUAUUGAAGCGGUGUUGGAUCGCUCGAGCGGGCGCAGAAUGGUGACUACAGUUGGAGACUGCGGAGCUGAAUACAGGUAACCGUGUAGACAAUCAUUCAAGAGACGGCAAAAUAGCAGAAGCUUCCAUUGCUUACGUUAUUCAACCAGAUUCCAUACACCUUCUAAUUUAUUCGCG